AUGCCUCGAGCCCAGGCAGCCAAAAAGCGUGGGACCGGAUCAGCCGCUGCCGCUCGACGUCCGAAGAAAGCCAUCAUCCGCCGGCGCGCACCUGCCCGCCGUCGUGGAGCGGCCAAUUCCGAGGCUGAGGAUGCUUCUCAGGGAGCACGGCGGCUCCGCGGUGCCGAAAGGGGCACAAUUCCUGCCUGUACAGAGGUGCCGCCGCCCAUCCACCAGCGUGUCGCAGCGCUCAUCGGGAGUCGCUGGCCAGGCAAGCGAAAGGCGUCCAACGCGUGGGACGACCGUAUCUGUAAGCGGCACUGCGGCUCGCCACUCUACGACAUGCCGUGGGAGGCGCCGGAUGAGAGGCGAUACAACGUCGCCCACAAGCCGGGAGUGAACGACGGGCACCAGAUCAUCGAGACGCCCCCCUACUCGCGUGCGCACCUGCUGGGCAACUCGGACCCGAGCGACGAGCUGGUACCUGCUGAUCGCAACCUAUGGGCGCAGCGGCGAAAUGGAGCGGUGCCGGAUCCCACAGCAGCCAUGGGCAUGUUUGCCAGACUGCCGGCUGAGAUCCGGGACGAGAUCUUCCGGCACCUGCUUGUCCACCAUAACGACAUCAAGGUGUUGGAGAAAUGGACGUUGGUAUUCCCACGCUCGCGGCCCAAUCUGGAUCUCGGGCUGCUGCGGGCCUGCCGUAUCUUCUACUUGCAGGGCGUUCGCAUCCUGUAUGGCGAGAACACGUUCACGUACAGGACCCGCGACAUCGCGGACAACAAGGAGGAGAAGGGGAUCGUCGAGAAGCAUGUCUACUCGCACGACCGCAUCCCCAUCGAGCGCCACGGCCACCUGUUCCGCAACAUCCGGAUCGCGGUCGAGGCGAACCGGCUGUGGGGGUUCGACGGCCGCCGCGUCCUGCCCGAGGCCCUGCAGAAGUUCCUCCCGGAGUCCAUCCCCGCGGCGCUGCACACGGUGACCAUCGAGCUGCCGGCGCAGACGCGGGCCAUGCUGAACAUGAACCGCGACUCGGGCACCAGGAAGGGGGAAGUACCGACCGCCUCGUGGUUCCGCUCCGACAGCCCGGUGCUGAAGACGCUCGAGAGACUCAACUGCCAGUUCAUCCGCAUCCUGGCUUACGACAAGGAACGCAACUACUACAGCGCCGUCAUCGACCGGCGCCCGCACUUCACGCAGAUGAACGCCGACGAGGGCAAAUAUCAUAUGUGGGCGCAUGACGCAGUCAUCCUGGGGCGGCGCAAGGCUCAGUCGAUCCAAGCCCGAGCUACGCUGGGGACGAUGAGGUACUGGAUUGAGAGGCUGGUGAUCGACCCGCAGGCUGUUGUGAGGCCGGGCCACUCGCCUUUCCAGAACUACGAGCCCGACAUACAGGGCGAUGGCCCAUUGGAGUCGUUGCCCAGCGGGACCAGCACACCGUCAAGCCGCAGAUCUGGCAGACUUGUCAACUACAGUCUAGGCUCACAAUCCUUUGACGAUUCCGAAGAUGAUGAGGACGACUCGAGGAUAGAUACUGGCUCGUCAAUUGGAGAUUAUGACAACGGGGAGGACGAAUACGAGGACAACUCUAUGUUCGUUAGUUGA